GAAUUUGAACAAACCCAUCGCAGUCCAGUCAAAAGAAAAAGAGGAUCGUUACGUGGACAACUACAAGUACUUGGAGGAGGAGUACAAGAAGGGUAUACGUGAGGAUGACCCCAUGCCUCCUGUUCAGCCGUACCACUAUGGCUCUCACUACUCCAACAGCGGCACUGUGCUGCACUUCCUGGUCCGAAUGCCACCAUUUACCAAGAUGUUCCUGGCGUACCAGGACCAGAGCUUUGAUAUCCCGGACCGAACGUUUCACUCCAUGAACACCACGUGGCGACUGUCUUCCUACGAGUCCAUGACUGAUGUCAAAGAGCUCAUCCCAGAGUUUUUCUACCUCCCAGAAUUCCUUGUCAACAGAGAGGGUUUUGAUUUUGGGGUACGUCAGAACGGAGAGAGGGUGAAUCACGUGAAUUUGCCACCCUGGGCUCGCAACGAUCCGCGUCUGUUCAUCCUGAUCCACCGACAGGCGCUAGAGUCCGACCAGGUCUCCCAGAUGCUGUGCCAGUGGAUCGACUUGGUGUUCGGGCUCAAGCAGAAAGGCAAAGCUGCUGUCCAGGCCAUCAAUGUCUUCCACCCUGCUACAUAUUUUGGCAUGGACGUGUCGGCUGUAGAAGACCCAGUGCAGCGUCGGGCCCUGGAGACGAUGAUCAAGACGUAUGGACAGACACCCAGACAGCUCUUCAACGGCUCUCAUGUCAGCAGGGCCAGCUCCAAACUCAUAAUGGAUGGGGAGCUGCCAGCUGCCAUGGGACUCCUGGUUCAGCUGGCCUUCAGAGAAACCAGAGAACAGGCCAAGGAAAUAGUGUGCCCGAGCCCACUGCCGUGGAUCAAAGGUCUGAAGUGGGGUGAGUACGUGGGCUCGCCCUCAGCUCCAGACCCAGUGGUGUGCUUCAGUCAGCCACACGGGGAGAGGUUCGGAUCCCUGCUGGCGCUGCCAACGCGAGCUAUCUGCGGGCUCUCUUGCAAGUUCUGCCUCAUGAUGAUUUACAGCAAAGAGCAAGGUGUUCGGAGCAUGCACAGCACAGACAUCCAGUGGUCGGCCAUCUUGAGUUGGGGCUACUCCGACAAUAUAUUGAGACUGAAGAGCAAACAGAGUGAACCACCUAUCAACUUUAUACAGUGUUCACAACUUCACCAGGUGACCAGCUGUGCCUGGGUGCCCGAUGGCUGCCAGCUAUUUACAGGUAGCAAGUGUGGAGUCAUCACCGCCUACAGCAACCGCUUCACCAGCACCACG